CCCAACAACAAUCGCAAAAUCAACAUCAGAUGGAGUCCUGCAAUGUUCCACCUGUGUGGAUCAGGAGUGUAAAAACACAUCAAAAAUUUCAUGUGACUCAAGAUCCAUGUGUAUAACAGCCUCUAUUCUAGCCAACCUAUCUGGAACAGAAGUGAAACGAGUCUACAAGGCCUGUGCAUCAUCUUCUCUGUGUCCAAGCACAGGCAAUCAGACUUUUUCAGCAGACUUGGGUUUCUCAAGUUCAACUGCUUCUGCUUUCUGCUGCAACACUGACAACUGCAACACACAAACUCUACCUUUUCCCACCAUUCAACCCUCCAAUGACUUGAUGUGUUUUAUUUGUGAGGCCAACACUUCUAAGUGUCUGUCUACAGUACAAUGUUCAGGACAGGAGACCAACUGUUUCAGUGCAAAUGUGACAAAUCAAUCCACAACUCAUGCACUGCAGGGUUGUGUCACUCCAAAUAUAAAGAGAGAUGCUCAAAGCCUGUUUGAUCUGGUAUUCCUGAAUACUACUGGUACCAUCACUGGUGGGAUGUCAAUUUGUAACACCCCUGGUUGUAAUCGCUCACCAUUUGUUCCUACAAUUACAACCAGCAGCACCAUGUCAAGUAAUGCAAACCUCGCAGGAGAGUCAGCACAGUCAGCCACCAGUGAUGCAGCUAGUGUCAGAAUGGGCAUGCUCCAUCUUUUGCUUGGACUGGUCAUCUUUUUUGUCUAGAUGGUGAUAGAUAAAACAUAAGCUUUGAAUAUAUAAGUUAUUGUACUGUCUCUUAAAGAUUUGUUUGCUUGUAAAUAUUUAUUAAUGUGAGACAGGGAGAUAGGGUUAAAACACUAAGAUUUUAUGUUUUAAAUGUAAUUUUAAUAUAUUAUCUACAAAUUAUGUAAGUAUUGUAAGUCAUAAAAACACAUA